GGCGCUGUUUUGAGUAUUAUCAGCUAUUGACCUCUAUUAUUUCUGUCUAUAAAAACCAACUAAAUCACUAUAACAUAUUUUUUUAAUUUCAAUUUUAGUCAAAUACCUUUGUUAUGUGGAUUUUUUAAAGCCGCAAACGCCAAUCGGUCAUGCAGAUACUAGGCAUCAGUAAAUCGUGCCUGAAGAAGUUGAUUGUAUUUGGUGUUAAAACACCUCAUAAAUUUUAUUCCAAAACAAUGGCCAAGCCCUCAGUUUAUCUUACUCGACGAAUAAAUCAAGAGGCGUUGGAUGUUCUACAACAAACGUGUGACGUAUCGAUUUGGCCAGAACCGGACCCAGUCCCUAGACAAGAGCUCCUGAAAAACAUUAAAGGAAAAUCAGGCUUAUUUUGCAUGUUAACAGAUAGAAUUGAUUCAGAAAUAUUAGAUGCUGCUGGCAGUAAUCUUAAAAUUGUCGCAACAAUGUCCGUGGGUUACGAUCAUCUUGAUGUAAAUGAAAUAAAGCGUCGCGGUAUAAAAAUGGCCUAUACACCAGACAUUUUAACAGAUGCCACAGCGGAAUUGGCUGUUGCAUUAUUGUUAGCUACUAGUCGAAGAUUAUUGGAAGCUAACGAGGAAGCAAAGUCUGGAGGCUGGAAAGCUUGGUCGCCAUUUUGGAUGUGCGGUCCUGGUUUGAAGAAUUCCACUGUUGGUAUAGUUGGAUUUGGAAGAAUAGGCCAGGAAAUUGCUAAGAGAUUAAAGUCUUUUGGACCAAGCAAAAUUAUUUAUUAUAAUAGAUCUGAAAAAGCCAAAGAAGCUGCUGAUAUCGGUGCGAUAAGAGUUAGUUUUGAUGAGCUCUUGUCUCAGAGUGAUUUUAUAAGCGUAAGCUGUGCUUUGACGCCGGAAACUAAAGAAAUGUUUAAUGAACAGGCUUUCAAAAAGAUGAAGAAAUCUGCUGUGUUUGUUAAUACUAGUAGAGGAGGAGUUGUAGAUCAAGACGCGUUAGUUACAGCGCUGCAAAAUAAAAUUAUUUGGGGUGCUGGCUUAGAUGUAAUGACUCCUGAGCCUCUGCCUUUGGAUAAUCCUUUAUUUAAAUUGAAGAAUUGCGUUAUUUUGCCGCACAUCGGAAGUGCCGCAUUGGAAACAAGGAAUAAUAUGGCUAUUUUAACAGCCAAAAAUAUUGUAGCUGCACUGAAAAACGAACCUGUUCUUACAGAGUUAAAUGUUUGAUUUACUUUAAUUUUUAUACCUAUAUAUAAAUAAAAAAUAAUAAUUUAGUAAUAUAUAAAUAACGGUUUAACAGUAUAUGGGAAAUAUAGUAUUUGUUAACAUGAUAAUACAGUAGGUUUAGUAAGAAAUUAAACCAUUAUAAUUUUAAAUAAAAUAUAUAACCAAGGAUAUAACUUAA